CUCUUCCUCUUUUGGAAACUGAUCGGUGCUGUGUUUGCGUCCCAGAAGCCCAGGCAUGCGGGUGGUGUUGGUGGCUGCGCUGGUGGUGCGGGUGACCCAGGCCCUGGCCAUUCGUACUGCCUUUGCGCCAGACGAGUUUUGGCAGAGCAUCGAGGUUGCACACCGCCUGGUGUUUGGGUAUGGCCACCUGACCUGGGAGUGGGCAGCCGGACUACGCAGCUAUGUGCACCCCCUGCUCUUUGCCACAGUGUACUCCCUGCUCAAAGCGCUGCGCAUGGACAGCGCCUGGGCGGUGACAAGGGCGCCCCUGCUGCUGCAAGCCUGGUGUGCUGCCGCCACCGAUAUGUAUGUGGCGCGGCUUGCCGCCCUGGAGCUGGGCCAGCACAUCGGCAGGUGGUGCCUUGCAUGCCAGCUGGCCAGCUGGUUCAACGGCUACUGCCUGGUGCGCACGUACUCCAACAGCAUGGAGGCGCUGGCCGUUGCCGCCGGCACAUACCACUGGUUGCUCAGCCGGGACAACAACACUAGGCACACGACUUGCGCCGCCCUCAGCGUUGUCUGCCGGCCAUCUAGCGCUCUUUUCUGGGCGCUGCCAUGCGCGCUGGAGCUGCUUUGGCAUCGACACCGUGGCCUGGGACCACUGCUGCUAAAUGCUGCCACAGUGGGCGGCGGCCUGCUUGGCGCCGCAGCAUUGAUAGACCGGACAGGAUAUGGGCGCUGGGUGGCUGUGCCCUGGGAGUUUUUGCGCUUUAACCUGCUGGCAGGGGCCUCGGCGCAGUAUGGGCGGCACGCCUGGCACUGGAACCUCAGUCAAGGCCUACCAGUGGUAGCGGCAUCGCUGCUGCCGUUGAUGGCAGCAGGCCUUCUGAUGGCCAGACACAGCGGCAGGCAUCUGCGGCUGGCUGGGCUGGCAGCGUGGUCCCUGACAACAUACAGCUUGCCAGCACACAAGGAGUUCCGCUUCCUGCUGCCAGCGCUACAGCUGCUCAUGCCCUACUGCGGCCUAGCGGCAGCACGCCUGCUUGGAAGCAGGAGCAGCACUGGCAGGCAGCCACCCAACAAGUUGUGGCGCUGGGGCGCAGCAGCAUGCCUCUUCCUGCAGCUUCCCAUGGCUGCUUACUUCAUGCUGGUGCAUCAACGAGCGCAGAUAGGCAUCAUGCAGUUGAUUCGGCAUGAGGCAAAUGCUGCAGGCAGCCCCUCUGGUGCCAGCACGCUCUUCCUCACACCUUGCCACGCCACGCCCUACUACACCCACUUGCACUGUCCUGUUCCUAUGCGGUUCCUAGACUGCUCCCCGCCCCAGCACGCCGCAGCGACCGCCUGGUUGAACCAACACUCGGAGGCGUGGCUGGCCCUGCCCCAGACCUGCCCUCACACCCCAUCUAGUGCUCCGCUGUCCCAGCGCCAGUGCUUUGAGCAGGAUCCUGUCGCUUACCUGGGCAAUGUGCUGGGGCCCAGGCCCCGCUCGCAGCGGCCACGCCUGCUGGUGGGCUAUUCGCCGCUCAUGCAGCGGCUGGCAGAGCCGCUGACUGCGUGGGGCUACCGUCUGCAUACCAGCCUGACCAACUGUUGGGUACAGAUUGAUGAGGACAGCCCCUGCAAGCUGCAGCUCUGGUCCUUGUAAAUUCCCUGGUGCC